AUGAAUGCCACAAAUGGAACGGUGUCUGUACUGGAUAGCAACUCAAUCAUCUUUUCCCGGAUAUGGUGUACUUUUGAGACGUCUUUGGUGAUGAAGAUCAAGGAAACAAGGGAAAAUUACUCUUACGACGUUUAUACCGUGCCAAUUGGAGAAGGUGGUCGUGCUGGUUUCCCGGUUGGCAUCACAGAUGGCAUUGUUGCCGCAGACAGACAUGCUCUCAGGCCUGAUGGAUCUCUUGAUCUCAACAGACUUCUGGAGGCACAGGAAUGGAAUGCUUCCAAGUCCAAACGCCAAUCCUCAUUUCCCCUAGAGACAUGCCAUAAAGCACUGUCCAUGGAGUUGGAGAAAGCCAAUGCUUCCGUAGAAAAGGACAAAACAUGUCCUCAACAGCAUCAUUGGGAAUAA